UUCCGUCUCCCGGCCUAGCACGUUGCGUGUGUGUGUGUGUACAGACUAUAGAAUUGAGCGUUUGGGUUGCUGUUCUGGUGUUCGUGUUGGAUUUGAACACUGUACUAUCGCACCGGGGGUUUAUUUCUCGCUGUUCUUUAAAAGCAAGUGUCGAAGCCAUGGCGGCCGAGCCGGUAGCAGCGAUGUGCGAGCAGCUAAUUAAAGCGGUGAAUGUGAUGAUGGACGCGGACUCCAGCCAACGGUACCGCCUGGAGGCCCUGAAGUUUUGCGAAGAGUUCAAGGAGAAGUGCCCCUUCUGUGUGCCCUGCGGGCUGAAGCUGUCAGAGAAGUCCCAGCCUGCGCUGGUGAGGCACUUCGGCCUGCAGAUCCUGGAGCAUGUCAUCAAGUUUCGCUGGAACAGUAUGCAACAGCGAGAGAAGAUCUAUCUGAAAAACUGCACCAUGGGAUUGCUUUCCACUGGCACAUACCCCAUCUUGGAAGAGGAGAGCCACAUCAAGGACGCCCUGUCGCGUAUUGUGGUGGAAAUGAUCAAGAGAGAGUGGCCCCAGCAUUGGCCUGACAUGCUGAAGGAGCUGGAGGCGCUCACCAAGCAGGGGGAGGCCCAGACGGAGCUGGUGAUGCUGAUCCUGCUGCGGCUGGCGGAGGACGUGGUGACAUUCCAGACCCUGCCCACGCAGCGCCGCAGGGACAUCCAGCACACCCUGACCCAGAGCAUGGACAGCAUCUUCUCCUUCCUGCUCUCCAUCCUGCAGCUCAACGUCAACAAGUACCGCAAGCUGAAGCUGGAUCCCACCCAAGAGCUGAAGGCCAAGGCGCACUGCCGUGUGGGAGUGGCCACUCUGAACACCCUGGCGGGCUACAUCGACUGGGUGUCCCUCGUCCACAUCACCCACGACAACUGCCGGCUGCUGGAGAUGCUGUGCCUGCUGCUGUCCGAGCCGGAGCUGCAGGUGGAGGCCGCGGAGUGCCUGCUCAUCGCCGUCAGCCGGAAGGGGAAGCUGGAAGACAGGAAGCCCCUGAUGGUCCUCUUUGACGACGUGGCGAUACACUACUUCCUGUCUGCUGCACAGACCGCCGAUGGGGAGGGGCUGCUGGAGAGGCACUACGUCUUCCUGAAGAGGCUGUGCCAGGUGCUGUGUGCUCUGGGCAGCCAGCUGUGUUCCCUGGUGGGCUCUGAUGUCAAGGUGGAUGUCCCUGCCAAUUUGGGAAAGUACAUGGAAGCGUUCCUCGCCUUCACAACUCACCCCAGCCAGUUUUUAAGGUCUUCCACCCAGGUCACAUGGGGCUCCUUCUUCAGACACGAGGUCUUGUCGAAGGAACCUGUCAUCAUAGAAAUGACCAGCAAGUACAUGAGGGCCACCAUGACCAACUUUGUGAAGACUGGCUUCCCUUCAAAAAGUGACAGCCCGAGCUGCGAGUACUCCCGCAUGGACUUUGACAGCGACGAAGACUUCAAUUCCUUUUUUAACUCUUUCCGGGCUCAGCAAGGUGAGGUGGUGCGGAACGCCUGCAGGAUCAUCCCCCUGGAGGCCUUCCAGAUCGCUGGAGAGUGGCUCCAGUACCAGAUCAACACGCCCAUCGACAUCGGCACCACCAUGUCAAAGACGGGUGAGGGCUUGUGCUCCAUAUUCUCCCCCUCGGUGGUGCAGUGGGAUGCCAUGACCUUCUUCACGGAGAGCGUGGUGGGGCAGCUCUUCAAGAACGUGGAGGAGGAGAAACUCCCCAUUGAUCAGGGCAUCGAGCUGCUGCAGGCUGUGCUGAACUACGAGACCAGGGAUCCUCUCAUCCUCCAGCUGUUUGCGUCCAUUGUAUUUGAAGUGAUCGAGGAAAGCAAGGCACCCAGGACCCGGGCUGUGAAGAACGUGAGAAGGCAUGCCUGCUCCGCCAUCAUCAAGAUGUGCAGGGACUACCCAUAUUUCAUUCUGCCCUGUUUCGACAUGCUCUACACUCACGUCAAGAAGCUCUUCUCCAACGAGCUGCUGCUCACCCAGAUGGAGAAGUGCGCCCUGAUGGAGGCCCUCGUGCUCAUCAGCAACCAGUUCAAGGACUACGAGAAGCAGAAGGCCUUCCUGGAGGAGCUCAUGGCACCCGUGUCUGCACGCUGGCAGUCUGAGGAAAUGAGACGUGUGCUCUGUGAUCCGGGGUUCUUCCUGUCGUACGUCGGCGCCGACCAGAAGCUGAACGACCCCACCAUCGAUGAUCAGAGUGGCAUCAACAGGUCCAGGAUCAGCUUUUGUGUGUACACCAUUCUGGGCGUGGUCAAGCGGGCCCGCUGGCCUGCUGACCUGGAGGAGGCCAAGGCUGGAGGAUUUGUGGUCGGGUUCACCCCCAGCGGCAGUCCGGUCUACCGAAACCCCUGCACUGAGCAGGUCCGAGCCCUGCUGCCCAGCCUGCUCACGCUCAUCAGGAUCCAGAACGACCUCUUCCUGCCUGAAAACGUGGCCAGGCUGAGCGAGACCUUCACCCGGGCCUAUGACAUGAUGGACGUGGAGAAGAAUGUUGUUUUAGGACUGCCCCAGCCUGUGCUGGAGAUCUACGAUGCUCCUGUGUACAAGACCAUGCUAGAGCGCAUGCAGGGCUUCUUCUGCACACUCUACGACAACUGUUACCACAUCCUGGGCAACGCUGGCAACUCCCUGCAGCAGGACUUCUACGCCAUGGAGGGCCUGGCAGAGCAGAUCGUCAGCUCCGUCUUUGUCAACCUGGUGCACAUCCCCGACCACCGCCUGCGGCCCAUGCUUCGGGUCUUCAUGAAGCAGCUGGUGCUGUCCUGCCCGCCGGAGUACUACGACAGCUUGCUCUGCCCGCUGCUCGGGCCACUCUUCACCUACCUGUUGCAGAGGUUUCACCAAAGGUGGCAGAUUAUCGAUCAGAGGAGCAGUGCUUGUGGCGCUGAGGAAGAGGAGGUCUGCGAGGAGAAGCCGGUCACUCAGGAGAUGCUGGAGGAGCAGCUGGUGCGCCUGGUGAUUCGGGAGAUCCUGGAUCUGCUCACGGUCACCUGCAUAUUGAAGAAGGCACCUGAAUCUUCAGGAAAUAAAGAGGAAUUGGACGAGGAGGAGAUGAUGGCCACGGAUUCCUCUCAGCCCCCAGUCGCCCCGACAUACCCCAGUGACGAGCUGACGGAACUGGGGAAGUGUCUGCUGAAACACGAGGACAUAUACUCCACCCUCCUCACCAUUGCAUUCAGCUGCCUGUCCUGGAAGGACACCAGUAACUGCCAGAGGACAGCGUCCGUCGUCUGCUGGACUCUUCUCAGACAGGUGGUUGGCGGGACUCUGCUGCCUGACGCCGUCAGCUGGUUCUACAUGAGCGUGCUGAAGGGCCUGCAGGUGCACGGGCAGCAUGAGGGCUGCAAUGCUGCGCUCACCCAGCUGGCCUUCCAAAUCUACGACGCCCUGAGGCCGCGCUACCCAGAGCUGCGGGCCGUCAUGGUUCAGAUCCCGAAACUCCAGAUCGAAGCCCUCGACCUGUUCGAGCAGAAGGUCUUGAACCCCGUGCCUCAGAAGCAGGGGGACAAGAAAAGGAAGGAUCAGUUCAAAAAGCUCAUCACUGGCAUUGUUGGGAAACCAGUGGGACAGCAGUUCAAGAAGGAGGUUCACAUCCGCAACCUCCCUUCACUCUUCAAGAAGGUGAAGCCGGAGAGCGGUGUGGAAGUUGUGGACGGUGAGAAUUCGGAUCUCUCAUCUCUCUUCACACCCCAACCCGAAGACCUCUAGGAAGAGACCAACGCCUGCCAGGAUCCCAGCGGCCAUCAGCCUGCAUCCACUGGACUUUCCAAUCCCCAGCCCAACCCGAACGGCGCGUGACUUUUUUUAAAGAGUAAAUGUAGAAUACAUAUUUCAUUGUACGACAGCACCUGUAUUUUCACGGCG